AUGUCAUCCACAGGCAUCAGCAGCACAAAUGGCGUCACCUCGACAGCGGUCUCAGACACAAGUGGGUCCUUUGCAGCGCCGCUCGAUGGCGCGAGCAACACGACAAACAUGCUCACCACCGAUGCCAUCAUCCGCGAGUGUAUUAAGCAGGGCUUUUAUCGCAACCCCAUCUGUAACGAGAAGCUGUACUUACACAAUCGCGGCUACGACAGCAUUGCCUCCACCGCCUUCGAACCCUACACGGAUGUGAAAGUGCUUUGGCUGGAGGGGAAUGGGUUCUCAGUGCUGCCGUGCGGCAAGGGCUACACGCAGGUGCGUCCGCCGGUGCGCGUGGACCCGUUUGCCGCGGAACUGGAAGUGGCCGAGGCCGAGCGGGCCGCAGCGGCGGCAGUGCUGUCCAAGUGUUCGGGGCAGCAUGUAGACCCCAACACCGAGGCGAUAAGCCAUCCAGACUCACCCUCACAAAAUGGCGUUGCUCAGAAAGAGCCUUCUCUUCCGUUGGCAACCGAUGUGCCGCCGAACGACCGUGACGUCUUCAGCUCCCUCUACCCAACUGUUCGCCAGCUGUACCUACACAACAACCUCUUUCGGUUCAUGCCGGACCUCUCUCGGUUUGAAAGACUAGACGCUGUGAACCUGUCGGGCAACUUCUUCACCACGGUAGAGCCGCACUGUGUCUACUACGACGCCGCGGUGCGCGGGCGCCAUGCCAGCGAAGUGGUAGACGGCGUGGCACCGACGUCGACAAUCGUCUCCGGCGCACGUCACUCGCCGUCCCAAAGUGUGCAGUGCGAGCAGGAACAGUCGUGUCAGCAGCUGCCACAUGGCCCUCACAGCACAAACGAGACUGCACCCUCCGUGGAUCUGGCCGUGGUCACCUCGUCAGACGACGCGAAGCGGCAGCGGGCCGGGCAGAUGGCGCGCUGCCGUCACGUUGCAGACGUCUUCUCAGUCUUCUGUAAACACAGUCCACUGCCCGAGAGCGAGGAGGCGAAGGAUGUAAGGGGUGAGGGGCACCAGGGCAGAGUCUCAUCGCCGCUUCUCAAGCAGUCGCUACCGCUGGCACCCGAGUACCGCAACCCGUGCAGCUCGCUGCGUAGUCUCAACCUCGCUGGCAACCGCAUCGAGAGCUUCGAGGAGUGCCUCGGGUUGCUCUGCUACCACUCGCUGGCGGUGCUGGACCUCAGCCACAACCACAUCGCAGACGGUGAAGCACUGCUGCUGAUCCUCGAGCGGCUGCCCCGCCUGCAGUCGCUCAAGCUCUCCGGCAACCCCCUCGUCCGGUCGCUCCCGCGCUACCGCAAGCGCGUCCUUUCUCGGUGCAAGAGGCUGCUUCACUUGGAUGACCGCCCGGUGUUCGCCGAGGAGCGCCGACUCGUCACGGCGUGGGCCAUCGGCGGCGAGGACGGAGAAGAGAAGGAGCGGGCCGCGAUUCAGCAGGAGAGAUCUGCGGCGGAGAAGAAGCGACUGGCAGACUUCCGUCGCCUCAUCUCACGCCAUCAACGCACCGGCCCUACCGAGGGGCCGCACGCGGACUAUAUACACGCCAUCACCACGGUGGCGGCGUUGUCGGCAGCGGCUGACACGGCGGGCAGCCAUGGCCAGAACAGCGCCACUCGAAGCUCCAGAGCACCUCGGCACCGGGACGGCCGUCCGUCAACCUCCGACCCCGACUCCUCUUUGACCAGCUCUGAAAGUGAAGGUGACUCUGAUGACGACAACCACGUUGGCAGAGGCGCAGGUGAGCAGUCAGCUGCGGCGAGGACGACAGUAAUAGCGUAUGAUAGCAAUACUGCUGCACAGGCCGGGAUGAUAGUAACCCAGCAGGAGAACAACCCGCCCAGAGAGACUCCAUAUUCAUCGUCGUCACAGCAGCAGCGUGGGUUGAACUCGAAUCAGCGUGUCAAGGCGGCAGUGUCUAUCGCCGCAGUUGGAGGCGCAACUGGCAGCGGCGAGGACGACGACGAGAGCGGCGACAUUUUUGUCCCCAACGCGGUAUGA